AUGAAACGUUGUAAGAAGGACACUGAGCAGCAAUGGCCAACAUUGAGAAGAUCUCUCCCUCUGGUAAUCUCGUUCAGAACCAGUGUGAAGCUAUUCCAGUAG